CCACAAUGCUUUUCGCAUGGUUGUUUUUAAGUAACCGGCUGCUGUUAUAUUAGCAAACGCACGGGUACACUGCUUUGAAAUUUAGAGAUUUGUAGCUUUACAGAGGUGCAUAUCACGAGUCUCUGAGGUGGGACAGCUACAAGUAGAAAAAUGGUGAAUGUUAUGAAAGGAGUUCUUGUUGAAUGUGAUCCUGCCAUGAAGCAGUUUCUUCUGUAUUUGGAUGAAACUUCUGCUCUGGGGAAGAAAUUCAUCAUUCAAGACCUGGAUGACACGCACGUCUUCAUUUUAGCAGAAGUAGUUCAAAUCCUACAGGAGAGAGUGGGAGAGUUAAUGGACCAGAACUCGUUUCCUAUUACUCAGAAAUAAAGCAACAUGGAGAUGUAAAUGGAAGACCAUGUUCAGCACAAACAACUUACACCCUUGUUUUAUUAAGUGUGCUCUAUACAAUGUGUCCACAUUAUAAUAUGAACUUUUGUAUUUUUUUUCAUUGUACAACUCAUACAAAUUAUAAAGGUAUACCUCAGAUAUUGUAAAAGUGAAAUUGUAAAUAUUUGGGGAUGGUAAAAUUUUGUUUCAGGAAUAAAGAAAAAUCCUUGAUUGCUGUAAUGGAGGAAGCAUUGUCCCACAUAUUUUGGGGUUCAGUUAAUAUUUAGAUGUUCAAGGGCUUUCAGUUUUCUUAGCAAUACAUUAAAGGACAACUGUGCAUUAUUUAGUUGGUUCUUAAUGAAUUCACAUUCUUAUUUACUACAUACCAAAAUGUGUGCCCAACUAUAAAGAAUUGUGGGAUUAGAAUUUAUAGUUAAUUUAAAGUAAAAAGUUCAUAUAUUGAAAAAUUGAGAAGACCACAACCAGUUACACUGAAUCUACAAAUGUUUUUCAACAUGUUGCAUGCUUGAAAUUGUGUAUUGACUUUUCUACAUAUUGUGGGGCAGUGGUUAAUUGUUUUCUUAACAGUGCAUUAAAGACAACUCUUGUGUUA